ACACAUGAUUCGGGUCACAUGACGUUUAGCCCUAGUUCAGUGACAGACUGGGUACACGAAGCGAGGCUAGCUGUUAGCAAAACUGUCCAGACGGCCGAGAUGAGUUUCCUGGGAGGAUUGUUCGGGCCGGUUUGUGAGAUAGAUGUACUGCUGAAUGAUGCAGAGAACAGAAAGACGGCCGAGCUGAAAACAGAAGAUGGGAAAGUGGAGAAACACUACCUGUUCUACGAUGGAGAGUCGGUUUCUGGAAAGGUGAAUCUAAAUGUGAAGCAGGGAGGAAAGCGGCUGGAGCACCAGGGGAUCCGCAUUGAGUUUGUUGGACAGAUAGAGCUUUUCUCUGAUAAGAGCAACACCCACGAGUUUGUGGACCUGGUCAAAGAGCUGGCUUUACCGGGAGAGCUCACCCAGAACAGAAGCUACGACUUUGAGUUCAUGCAGGUGGAGAAGCCCUAUGAGUCCUAUACUGGAGCCAACGUCAGGCUAAGAUACUUCCUCAGGGUGACAAUAGUUCGGCGCCUGUCUGACUUGGUGAAGGAAUACGAGCUAAUUGUCCAUCAGUUAGCCACCUACCCUGACGUCAACAAUUCGAUCAAAAUGGAGGUCGGCAUAGAAGACUGUCUCCACAUCGAGUUUGAAUACAAUAAAUCCAAGUACCACCUCAAGGAUGUGAUUGUUGGGAAGAUUUAUUUCCUGCUGGUCAGAAUCAAGAUCCAACACAUGGAGCUGCAGCUCAUUAAGAAGGAGAUAACAGGCAUAGGUCCCAGUACUACCACAGAGACGGAGACGGUUGCUAAGUACGAGAUCAUGGAUGGAGCCCCAGUUAAAGGAGAAUCAAUUCCCAUCAGACUGUUCUUGGCUGGUUAUGACUUGACACCCACCAUGAGGGAUGUUAACAAGAAGUUCUCUGUACGCUACUUCCUUAAUCUGGUGCUGGUGGACGAAGAGGACAGGAGAUACUUUAAACAACAGGAGAUUGUUUUGUGGAGAAAAGCUCCAGAGAAGCUGAGGAAAAGAAACUUCCACCAGCGCUACGAGUCUCCUGAGCCCAGAACCCAGCCAGUAACUGCAGAGCAGCCAGAGAUGUGAGGGCCGGGCUAAGAACUGAUAAUACAUGCAGACGCACCACAGCUCGUCACUGCUGAACAGCCAGAGAUGCGAGGCCUGCCCCCACUCUCUUCCUGGACUGAGAAAUGUCUGUAUUCAUAAAUACACGUAACACACCUUCAGGCAUCCCCCUUCCCCGCCCCCUGCACCACUUCACAGCUUCAGGUGUGAGCUGCCCAUCAUCACUCUCGUUCGCGCCCCGCCCCAGGACGUAGACACACUCGCAUACAGAUGCACACAGUCAGAGUCUGCUGAAUGCUACAUGUCAAGGCAAGCGUGCAAAACAAACCAACCCAAGUAACGAACAAUGAGACAGCCUUUUUAUCAUCCUGACGUCUCGGACUGCAAACACACUCAAGCACACACAAGUGAAGCCAUACAGUCGGGUUUAAUGCGGAAUAAAACAGGAGCAAAGACGGAAAAGAGGAGAGCGCUACAGACCGCCGCACCAUUUUAUCUUGUUCUUCUGCAGCAGGAGCUUCUUUUUGUUUGCUUAAUGAACAGCACUGCUCUUGGACUUCUUCUAGCAUCUCACCCAGAUACUCUACAAAGUGUCACUUUCUAGAGUCUCGAUGGACCCAGUAAGUGAAGGUAUUCAUGAUGUGGGGUGGGAUGAGCGCGAACAAAGAAUGUGAGUCAACACCCAAGCUCUGUAUUUAUUCAUGAUAUCAGUUGUUAUUCAUCCAUGGAGCUGGGAAAAAUAGGAAUGUCUCAGUUAAACAUUUUUGUUACUGUAACUGCUUCCAGCCCAACAGAAAUGUUACCCCUUGUUUGAUGUUUUAACCAUUUCUAGCUCCAGUCCAAAACACAUUUCAUUAAGGAAAACGUCAUUCACCGUGGACAUGAGGUUCAUAAAAUCAUCAUUUUGAACCUCAGCUAGCAGUUAUUUAUUUCUAAGACUACAAAGUGCCAGGUGGUCAAUAUACAAUCAUACAACGGAGAAAAAUGCAACAAAUCCUCACACUGGAGAAGGAGAAUUGAUUAUCUUUGCUUUUGAUUCUCUCAUUGAUUAAUCGACUAAUGCAACAAGCAUCAUCAAUACAACAUUUCACACAUUUCAGGUGUAACAUAUGCAGAUUUCAAUGAAGAUGUCAGUUUUCAACAACUUGCAUCAGGAAUUCCUCCACAAAUAUCUGAAGGUGUAGUUUCUCUGUUCAUGUCUUUGGCUGCUACGACACCUGUUCAGUUUGAAUUUUUACUGCGCUUUCUAUCACUAACCUGUAAUCUUAGAUAACUCAAAGUUUGGUUCACCCAUGUUCCAAAUAAGAAAAGCUUUGUCUUUUCUCUUUAGUACUUUAGCACUAUAAGGAAAUUCCUCUGACCUCCUUUAUUAGAGGAAAAAAGCUCAAAAGUCAGACUUGUUCAAUUUAAAGAAGAUAUGUCAAUUUGAAAUUUGGGUGAAUUGAACUUUUAAGCAAGGAUUGAAAAAAAUGACUGAAAAAAACAGUUCUGUUACAUCAAAAGACACUUUUUGUGUUUACAUCUUGAUUCAUUAGAAACAAAGUGGUUAAUGAUGAUCAGCAGCCUGUAGGCUCGCUGUUCUUCUUUUUUCAUGCUGUUUUAUUGAACCUGUUGGUUUAGUGUGCUUGAAAUACUAAUGUGAUGAAUGGCUCGCGUCAGCUGUUGUAAGCACUGGAAGAGUUGCAGUAUGGUUAUACUGUCAAAUCCAACAAUGUUCCACUGUGAUGCUCAGACCUGUAGUCUAGGUCCUGCUUUAAAGACACUGUUCAGUCCCAUAUGUUGGGUGAUUUUUGCCCUUCAGCUUUGAUCCAUUUGCACUUUUCCCCUGUCAUGCUUACCUUUGUACUAAAGAGGCAUGGAUGCUGAAAGCAAACAUCACUCAAGGACAACUUCACCUCAGAGAUAUCCUGAGUCUGUAACACAAACUAUACACACAUUUAUACUUCACUACAUUUUUUUUUGUUUGCUUUGUUUGACUUGAUAUGUAAAAUACUUGUAGCUUUAGUUCCCCAUUUUUCAUAUAUGGAUCAUGAAACUGUGCUGCUUUUCACUUCAGAAAAGUCUGAAUGCUGAUCUGCACUCCAGUUCUUCGUUGUCCAGCCUUGGAGUCUGGUUCUCUCUUGUCUGAAAACUGUAAUUUAUUUGCAAAAAAUGCUUUCUUCACA